CCUGCUCUGACUGCAGCGAGAGGACUGGGCCGCCUGUGAGUGUUUUGGGACGGGUGGGACGGGUGUUGGGCCCUGGCCCGCUGCUCGUUGAGAAGAGUAAGAACGAUACGUGCUUUCACGUCAGUCUCCAAUAACACCAGAAAAAGUCGCUAGUCUGAAUACUCGCUAAAUAUAGAGACAAAGUCGCUAAAUUGGCAACAUUGCCUCCACGACCGGUUUCUGUAUAUGAUCAAUGGUCAUCUACGUCACUGAACGAACCAAUCAGCUCGUAGACCAACCUCCAAAAACGCGCCAGUAGUUCAAAUUUCAGGCGGGAGACACAUUGUUACACUUGUAAAAUUGUACUUUCAUUUAGCUUGAAAAUUAGCGAUUGUACCUAGCUCCCCAGUAUUUAACAUUUAUCUGGAUAAUUAGUCAUAUUUCAUAUUCUACUACUGUAGUAGGCCUUGGCAAUCAAUGAGUGAGUUCUGUUUUACGGUGGUGUUGUCAAUUUAGUGUGAACCCUUUUUACUCCACCCAACACAGGGUUUAAUGUUCUCUAGCACACAACACACACAGAAGACCAAGUACGCUCGAGGUAAGUUUCAUUUUAAAUUCAUGGGUUAACAUUGAUCGGACCCUGUUUCCCCACAGCAGACAUGCACGCCAUCCCCCAGGUAAAUAUCAGGCAUGCAAAAGUGACACUGCAUUAUUCUGAUAUGGCACUACAAUCUCGCUCUGGUGCUGCACAAAAUAUGGGACCCACCCUUGGCCCUGCCAACUCCUCUAACGGACUCUCUACUAUGGGACAAAAUUGGGAGGAGGAAAGACAACGUAUAGAAAGGGUGGGGAUAGGUUAUCGAGGCCGAAGAGAAUCAUAUCCCCACAAAAUACAAUUAACGUCUCUGUAUGGCGAUACCCAGAUGCUCCCUGUCCUGGAAGCUGCCCGGUCUGAGAUUGACGACGUCACCGAUGGCCCCGCCUCCAGUGCUAAACACCCGCAGACACUGGUCUAGUGCGAUCACAGCCAACACUCAAACAGACACGACCACUUGCAUCGAGGCCUGAUCACCACAAAACACAAGGCUUUUAAAGGAAAUGACAGCCUAUCCCCAGCUAGCUAACCCGCUGCAGGUUCUCUGUGUUGUGCCUAUCGGAGUAUAUCUGCUGUUGUUACCUUCAAGAGCAACAAUGUCACGUUGGAAGGAUAUGAAGAAGGAUGAGCUCGAGAGGCAGUUUUCGCCCAGCCAGUGGUCGCACAGAAUGUCGGCAGACGACGUUAUCAAAGCCCACGUGACGGCGCUCAAAGAAGGUACGGAGCGUGCCCGUGGCCUGGCCCAGACCCUGCUGAACGUUCCCUAUGGAGAAGGAGAGGGGGAGAAACUAGACGUCUAUGUUCCCACCACCACUUCUCUAGAUGUCCCACUGGUAAUCUACCUCCAUGGAGGCUACUGGCAGUUCCUUAGGCCUAUGUUUCUACUUCCUAGUAAGGAUGAGUCAGGGUUUAUGGCCGUCCCUUUGGUCCAUAAGGGCAUCGUGGUGGUCGCCGUGGGCUACGACAUCGCUCCCAAAGGGAACAUGGACGUGAUGGUGUCUCAGGUGCGGAGGAGUGUGGUGUCCGUCAUUCAACAGUAUUCACACAUUAGUGGUCUGUACCUGUGUGGCCACUCUGCGGGGGCCCACCUGGCUGCUAUGAUCCUCUCUACAGACUGGUCUCAGUACAAUGUGACCCCUCAGAUCAGAGGUGCGUUCCUGGUCAGUGGUAUAUAUGACCUCCUGCCAAUCCUGUCCACCUAUGUCAAUGAGCCUCUGAAGAUGACAGAAGAGGUGGCUCUGAGGAACAGUCCUAGUCAGCUGGUUCCGCAGCUCAAACUCUCCUCCUCCAACUGUGACAUCGUGGUUGCCAUGGCGCAGACCGACUCGCCAGAGUUCCGGAAGCAGUCUGAGGACUACUACAAAGCUCUGGAGUCAACAGGAGGACUGAAGGUAACAUUGGAGGACGUUCCAAACACAGAUCACUUCAACAUCAUCGAGCAGCUAGUCGACGGAGACUACCACCUCACUCAGUUGCUGUUAAAGAUGAUGGGGAAGAGCUAAAGAGAUACAGGGACACCGGCCAGUCAUUUAAGAGAUACAGGGACACCGGACAAUCAUUGAAGAGAUACAGGGACACCGGCCAAUCAUUCAUUCACAUAUCAACCACAAACACCUCUGUUCAGAACCACAUCUAGAGGCGCCACGCACCAGUUAUUGUUGAGGGGGGACUGAUGGCUAUUGGCUAAACAAGGUGGUUAGGUAACAGGCAUUCUUUUUUGUGUUACAGCAGCUCUGGGGUGACGUUUCCCCUAGUUACAGGUCUAGGAUCAGUUUAGAUUCCCCCUAACUUUAACCAUUAGUGGGGAAAAUGCAAAUAACUGACCAGAGAUCAGCAUAUAGCAUUUUGUCUCAAAGGCCACAUCGGGAUUUCAAAAUUCAGCGGAAGGCGCACAGAUUUUUUUCCCGGACCAAUUUGUUCGUCAAAAUCAAUUUGCGGGCCAGAAAAAGUGCAGUUAAUUCAAAACGUUUAGUUCCAUUAUAAUUUCUACAUACUUUCUAUCUAAUUUUAAACGUUCAAGAGUGGCCUGGAGUGUUUUUUAAACCCCAAAUCCCCUCAAUCCACCCAUUAUGACAUCAUUGACUUGAAUAAGGAUGCCUGUUCUUUGAUUCUAUUGCUAUACUCUGAACUAUAUUGACUGAAUAUUUCCCCACAAUGUUGUUGUUCACCUUUUUAUUACAACUUUAUUAACCUGUCAUUAGAACCAGGUUUCAAAUUAUACAUCGACUCUUGGGGGUGCAUGAACAAUGAUUCAAACCCUGGUUAUUUUAUAAAGGACAUGAACAGGGUCGGGACUUCUCAUGUUAAGAUUGAGGACAUGACAUGAAUUGAAAUCAGUAUGGUGAAGGGUGAAUGUUGGCAUUCAAUAGGUUAUGUCCCGAAUGGUGACCAAGGCCCUGGUAAAAAGUAGUGCACUAUAUUAGGGAAAAGGUUGCUAUUUUGGACACAAUAAAUGUUUAACUAUAUAAUUGUCAAAUGUGUGUUACACAGGGAAUUAAUUGGAACAUCUACCCAAAAAAUAACCUUUGACACUUUACCCUAAUAGGAAAUUGUCAAAGGAAGAUAUUUUUAUGGAAGGUGCAAAUCUGAGUAAAUUAUCUAGCACACUAAAAUGUAGUCAUUGUUUUAUGUGGGUCAUGGUGCUUCUUUGUCUAGUAGCCUAAAUCAUUGUUUACAUUAUUGUUUACAUGACAUGUUUGUAGUCGUAAUUGUUGUGGGAGAAUUAUGAAAAAUAUCAAAUAAAUGUGUAUCAAUCAUAUAAGUGUU